AAAAAACAGAAAUUGAAGAAGAAAAUGGAAUCAAACAUUUUCUGUGGCGGCAUUGAUGAAUUUGGGUUGUUAGGUAAAUGAAUUCCAUGCGAGGACCACCUAAUCUAGGUUGCAGGCAGCUACCAGACCAGGCUCAACAACUGACCUCGGCUGCAUAUGAAUGAGAUUGAGAUCAUCCAUCACACUUUCCAAAGCAAAAACAGCAUUGUAGUAUUUGCCACAGGCAGGUGAUGGUAGAUGGAAAUGGCGAGUAAUGCAACGUUGUUCGAGGAGAGAGUGAAGGAGGCUCUGAAACGCUGCCAGGAGAGGAGGGAGCCGCCGCUGAUAUGGGCGACGGAGAUGGUCAAAUGCCUGGACUCGGCGGGGCUAGGGCUGCCCAGCGUGGAGUUAGGGCAAGUUUUGGUGUCUCAGCUCUGCUUCGCCCACAACUGUCCCUCUAUGUGGAAGUUCUUGGACCAUGCCCUCUCCUCUCGCCUUCUCUCUCCCCUUCAUGUCCUCUCUCUUCUCACUUCCAGGUUUCUUUCUCCUUCUUUUGAGAGUAAUAAUUCCGGAAUUUUUUUUUGCUUUAUGUUGAUAUGUUUGCAUUUUUGGUAUCGUGAAUUGCUCCUUCCUAUAUGCCUAUUUAAAUUGCUUGUUCAUGGCACGAGAAGAAGUAAAUGUUGGUAAAAUGAAUGGCCUGGCAUGUGUAUUUUCAGAGACUAAAGGAUCAAAUUUAUACAUAUUCAAGUCGAUUAAGGAUGUGCAAUGAAGGAAAGGAAAAUUAUUAUGUACUGUAAAUUGGUCUAUAAGACAGAAUUGAGGAAAGGGAAAUUUGAUUAUCUAGGGGUCUUCCUGUGUCCUAAGAUUUGGGAAUUAAAUGGAUAUGAUGCCUAGAAAACCAUUAGCAUCCAACUGUUUUAAUUGAUUCAUGUAAGAUAGACCAUGGUGAUGAUGAAAACGGUAAAGAAAAGAAAGCUUAGGUUGGAAACAAUGAUUGUGUUGCAGUUCAUUAAAUUGUUCAUGAUUUUUAUGAUAUGUAAAAUUUAAGCAUAUUCCAUGGUCUAGUAUGAUGUGAUUGUCAAUAAUUGACAAAGUACGGUAUUUGGAGUUGUAUAAAAUUUUUGGGUUCUAAGUGGUUUGUGUUACAAAUGAAUGUAGUCAAGGUGAUUUCCUUGUAAUUGUGUCAUUAGACAGACCAUCUACAUCCUGCAUUGAUAUUAAGCUAGGCAAUGGUGGCCAAGCAGAGUUACAUGAGGUUUUGGGGUGCACAAGAACUUUCUUAUGCGUAUUGAAGAAUUGAAAAAAAAAAAAAACAUCAUUCUAUAUAGUUCUGACUCUUCUGCUCGAGCAUGCACACACUCACACGUAUAUGAUUAACUUCCUUGAAUAUGGGAAAUUUUCUUUGGUCGGAAGUUUUUUGUGUUUUUGGGUGAGGACGGAGCAGCUUUGAAUUGGAAUGAAAUUUUUAGUUUCCAGUCACAUCCAUAUGACUCAUUGUUAAGGAGAGUGGUCCACUUGCAAACAGCAUUGGUGGUUAGGUAAGUGAAGUCCAUUUGAGGGCCACCUGGCAAGUAAGGACACAGUAGCAGGCAGUUACUACAUAUGCCAGAGAGACUGGGCCUGAGUAACUGUUUUACCUACAGAGAAUCUAUCAGCUACCUAAAAGAAAAACAGAAAAGAAAAGAAAAUGAUCAAUAUAAAUCACACUUUCCAUAGCAAAGAGCAUAGACAAAGCACUUAACAGAUUGACAGGUUUGGAGAUGGUGGUGAUUGGAAAUGGCAAGUUAUCCAACCUUGUUCAAUCAAAGAGUGGUGGAGGCUCUGAAAUCAUGCCAGGAGAGGAGGGAGCCUCCACUGAUAUGGGUGACAGAGGUGGUGGAAUGUGUGGAGUCGGCAGGUCUAGUGUUGCCGAGUGUGGAGUUAGGGCAAGUUUUGGUGUCUCAGCUGUGUUUCACCCAAAACAGUCCCUCUAGAUGGAAGUUCUUGGACCAUGCCAUCUCCUGCGGCCUUCUCUCUCACUUCCAUGUCCUCUCUCAGCUCACUUCCAGGAUUAUACCUCAUCGGUGGUCUCAACCAGAAGCUUAUAGACUCUAUCUUGAACUUUUAAGUCGAUAUGCUUUCUCAUUUCAUCCGGUGGAGCCAGAUGCUUCCAAAGAGAGGAUAAUCAAAUCAGUUGAUGCUGCCCUUCAGCUUUCCAAGACUUACCAGGUUCAUGUACUGGAGCUUGGACAUACAAUGGUUUUGUUCUUUUUCAGCAUUGUUGUUGGCUUAUUAGAUAGCACCUUGGAUGAUUGGGGCUUGCCAGUGACAUUUCUGGACAGAGCAAGUGGAGUUGCCAGGAGUGGAGACUACCUGAAUAUGGACAUCGACUCUAAAGGAAAUAAAAACUUCAAGCAAAGUGAACAUCGUGAGCAAAUGAGGAGAACAAAUUCUUUCUUGGCGAUGGAGGUAUUAGGCACACUAAUGGAAAAUAGAAAAGCUAAGGUUCUGCUCCGCCUUGUCCACUUGAACAUGCCUGAAGGCUUCAAUGGCCUCCUGCGAAGGAUUCAGUUUCUUGAAGCUCAUAAACUGGCAUCAUCAAUUUUAAAGUCUGCUAAUCAACUUUUGGUAAGACUUUCUGCAAACAUCCGAGGAGUUCUGGAUUUUGAGUAUCAGUUGAACAAGCACCAGCUCAUUGGAAUGCUUAUUGAUAUUGGGUCAAAUAAGUUGGUCUCUGGCUGCAAUUUUGAAGCUGUUCAGUCUGCGUGUUGGGUUCCAUUUGAUAUUUAUAUGGAGAAUGUGAUGGAUGUAAAACACCUUCCGGUCAGAUCAACUAUUGUCAUACUUAGAGAAACUAUUCGUACGCUACAAGGAUUUAAUCGGGCAAGCUGGCAAGAAACCUUCCUAGCGCUCUGGCUUUCAGCCCUUCGGCUUGUGCAGCGAGAGCGUGAUCCUUUGGAAGGACCUAUUCCACAUCUUGAGUCCCGUCUUUGUAUGCUUUUGUCUAUUGCCCCCUUGGCAAUUACUCAGCUUCUGGAGGAUGAGGUCAAUUCUUGUAACUCUUCUUCUCAAGGAGGUAGAGAAUAUGGAUAUACAGAGAUUGGAUAUGGACAUGAAAUGGAUAGGAAAUGUCAUGCUUCAAGAAAACAUGGACUGAUUUCCUCUCUUCAAGUCCUUGGACACUUUUCUGCACUCUUAUGCCCUCCCUCAUCAAUUGCUGAUGCAGCAAAUCUUGCAGCUGCAAAAGCAGCAGGCUUCAUUUCUAAUUCCAAGAAUGGUAAGGACAGUUUAGGUGGAGGCAGUCAUGGCAAUACCAUUGUGAAAUCAGGUGGCAACAUGAGGCACCUCAUAGUGGAAGCUUGCAUUGCAAGAAAGUUAAUUGAUACAUCAGCAUAUUUCUGGCCUGGCUAUGUGUCUGCAUCUGUAAUCUCAAUGUCAGAUUCAUCACCAAUUCAAGGAUCUCCUUGGUCAACAUUUAUGGAAGGAGCUCCUUUGACAGGCCCUCUGAUUGAUGCUCUUAUUGCGAUUCCUGCAUCAAGUUUAGCGGAGUUAGAGAAGUUAUAUCAUGUUGCACUAAAUGGUUCGGAAGAGGAGAAGUCAGCGGCUGCAAAGAUUCUAUGUGGUGCAUCUCUCAGACGUGGAUGGAAUAUUCAGGAACAUGUGGUACACUCUAUGGUGAAGCUUCUCUCUCCUCCUAUACCUCCCAAUUUUACUGGAACAAGGAGCCAUUUAAUUGAUUACCUGCCCAUGUUAAGUGCCAUUCUUUUUGGGGCUUCCUCUAUUGAUACUGUGCAUAUACUUUCUUUGCAUGGUGUGGUCCCUGAAGUUGCAGCUGCUCUAAUGCCGCUUUGUGAGGCUUUUGGGUCAGUCACACCAACCUCAAAUCAUAAAUCAAGCAUGGGCGAUGAGCUCUCAAUUUACAUGGUUUUUUCAUCUGCAUUUCUCUUUCUUCUUCGUCUGUGGAAAUUCUAUAAACCCCCCCUUGAGCAGUGUAUCUCAGGACGAGGAAGAGCAAUUGGUAGUGAGCUUACUCUGGAGUAUCUUUUGAUAUUGCGCAAUAACCGUAUUGCCUCACAUAAUUCUGCUGCGCAUGAUGAAACGAGUAGCAGUUUGAACCGGAUUGAAUCAACAUCAGAUAAACCUGUGUAUAUAGAUUCUUAUCCAAAAUUGCGAGCCUGGUAUUGUCAAAACAGAUCUUGUAUUGCCUCAACUCUAUCUGGCCUAUGUAAUGGAAGUCCGGUUCAUCAAGUUGCUAAUAAGAUCUUAAAUAUGAUUUACUGGAAAAUGACUAAAAGUGGGGCCUCAUCAGGUAAUCCUUCAACACCAUCAGGCAGUAGCAUAAGUGGGAGCACUGCCAGUACUGGAGAAGAUGCUUACCAAAGGCCUAUGCUCCCUGCAUGGGAGGUGUUGGAAGCUGUCCCUUUGGUGCUUGAGGCAAUUUUAACAGCUUGUGCCCAUGGAAUACUUUCAUCACGGGACUUGACAACAGGUCUCAGGGACCUUGUUGACUUUCUGCCUGCUUCUCUUGUAGUUAUUAUUAGUUACUUUUCUGCAGAAGUUUCUCGUGGUAUAUGGAAACUAGUCCCAAUGAACGGAAAGGACUGGCCUAGUCCAGCAGCAAACCUUCUAUCAGUUGAAUCUGAAAUAAAGGAAAUACUUGCAGCCAUAGGCGUUGAUGCUCCCAGAUGUAGUCCUGGGGAUUCAACUGCAAUGCUUCCAUUGCCAAUGGCAGCUCUUGUCAGUUUAACGAUUACAUUCAAACUGGACAAGAGGUUGGAGUACAUCCAUGCUGUUGCUGGAACUUCCUUGGCAAACUGUGCAUCAUCAUGCCCUUGGCCUAGCAUGCCUAUAAUUGGCUCCUUGUGGGUGCAGAAGGUGCGCCGUUGGCAUAAUUUCAUUGUUGGAUCAUGUUCUCUCUCUGUAUUCAGACAAGAUAAAGAAGCUGUUGCCCAGCUCCUGAGGAGUUGCUUCACCUCGUUCCUUGGAUUAUUCCAUGUUUCAAAGUCUCCAUUAGCCAGUCAAAACGGAGUUGUUGGUCUGUUGGGUGACAUUAACUGGGCUCAUUGUGUUUGUCCUUCCAUAGCACCUGGACUCCUUUACCUCCGGUCUUGUCGGACUAUCCACAAUGUCCAAUAUGUAAAUCAUGUGAUUAUAGGGCUUGUAGCUGAGUUUGCUCGGGAAUUGGCUUCCAGAUGGGCUAGCAAGGACUCCCAACAAUUGAAGUCUAGUCAAUCAUCUCUAGCCUUAGCCACCACCAAGGUUAAGGAGGUGGCCACUCUUGGCGCUAGCCUAUUAUGUGUGACAGGAGGCAUUCAACUGGUCCAAGAAUUGUAUCAGGAGACUCUCCCAACCUGGCUGCUCUCCACAAGGGAAGAGAAACUUGGUGAGGUGAGUUCUGUUUCCCGUAUAAUGGAGGGAUAUGCCAUGGCAUAUUUAUUGGUCUUGUCUGGUUCUUUUAUAUGGGGUCUUGGGGCAAGACCUCCCUCAUGGACAUUCUCUAUAAGAGCUCGUAUUGUCAGGACUCACCUGGACUUUUUGGCUGGGGUAUUGGAGGGAAACAUAUCACUUGGAUGUGAUCCUGCUACUUGGAAAUCCUACGUCUCUUGUUUAGUGGGUUUAUUAGUGAGUCUUGCGCCAACGUGGAUUCGGGAUGUAAAGCGAGAAACACUAAGAAAACUGGCCAAUGGAUUGAGAGGAUGGCAUGAAUGUGAGCUAGCUCUUUCCCUCCUUGAGAAAGGUGGGCCUGCAACCUUAGGGUCUGCAGCUGAACUAGUAAAUGUAAUCAACUAAGUCUGAAUCGCAAAUCCAUUACGUCACUUGGUUA